AUGUGCAAGCACGUCGCGCGGUGGGCGAGCGAGGCCAGCUCUCGCCGCUGCGGCCUACGUGGCAGCGCCCGCUUGAACCUCUACGCCGCGUCGCCUCAAGCCACGUGGCGCCUCAUCGACGAAACCAGCGUCUGCCUCGCCGACGGCUGCGACUUUGUCGGGCCGCUUGGCGCGAUGCACGCCGCAUCGUUUAGCCAGCACGCGUUUCUGCACCAGCACCCCAUUGGCUGGCUCAUCGACGCUCAAGUGCUCUUCUGCUUCGAAUGCGUCGAUGUCGUGUACGAUGACCAGCCCACAUCGCGGCAGAAGCACAAACGACGCCGAGGAGAGCGCGAGGCUGCCACGGACCGCCUCCCGCGGGGCAUGGUUAAUAUGGGUCACACGUGCUACAUGAACGUCAUCCUCCAAGCGAUGUGCCAUCUCCCACGUCUCCAGCUUGGACGCGCUCCUCGCUGUCGCGACGACCUCUGCCUGCCUUGUCGCUUCCACGACGUCAUGCGUGCGGAUGAGGCAAGCCCGCUCGCGCCGUCCGCCCUGCUGUACGCAGUGUGGCAGCAUGCGCCACGCUUGGCCGGCUGCAAACAGCACGACGCCCACGAAUUCCUUCUCAGUCUUCUCGACGGACUGCACAUAUCUGAUCCGAGUCGAACCCCAUCAUCGUGCUUCUCGACGGUGCACGCGGCGUUGGAAGGCGUUUUGCGGUCGGACGUGGUCUGCAACAUCUGCAGCCACCAAUCGACGGCGCGCGAGCCCAUGACGGACGUGUCGAUCGCGCUGGGUUUGUCUUCGCUUGAGGCCUUGUUCGCGCGGUAUGUCCGACCAGAGCCCGUUGUUGUCGACUGCGGCGCCUGCGGUACGUCGCGCCACUGCACCAAAACGCUCUCGUUCCAGAAGCUGCCUCUGGUGCUCGUCAUCCACUUCAAGCGCUUUGCGGCCCAGCGCAAAAUCACGACGCCCGUCACCUUUCCGCUCUGUGGUUUGAACAUGGGCCCGUUCGUUGCGCCGUCGUCCACGCCCACACCGACGGUGUACGACCUCGUGGCGGUCGUUACUCAUCACGGCACUUCUGUCCACGGCGGGCACUACACCAGUUUUGUCUGCUCGGAAACGUGGUUUGCAUGUGACGACGCGAGUGUCACUGCUGCAUCCGAGGGCGACGUGCUGGCAAGCCAAGCGUACGUAUGGCACAAUGGGUUAGGGUUUGACGCAUCGUAUUAA